AUGUCUUCAUUGAAUGCGCAAGCGAUUUUCUCUCAAACUCCAAAACAAAGAUCAAUUUAUCUCAUAACCUAUAGCCAAUGUGGUGAUUCGGGUUUAGAUAGACAAGAAUUUGCCAAAUUAAUAGUGAAUGCGUGGAAUGAAUGCUGCCGCUCAAAUAUACUACAGUGGGUAGUAAGUGAAGAAAUGCACGAAGACGGUGGCAAGCAUUUUCAUAUGGCAGUCAAACUCGACAAAAAAACAAGAUGACUCGCGGUCAGGGAUUUCAUUGAUAGCCAACAUGGUAUCAAAGUGAACUUUUCAGAUAAACACGAAAAAUACUUUACUGCGUAUACGUACGUAGUCAAAGAGGACGCAGAUUAUGUCUUAUCUGAGAAUCACUCAGACCUCACUAAUGCCACGGCACCUCGAACGACAAAUGCAACUCAAAAACGUAAGACGAAUUCUAAGAAACGAGUUGCUAGUAAAAAGAAAAGGAAACGCUUGGCAGUUUACGACGUGGUUCGGAUAAUCCAGUCGAAAGGCAUAAAGUCUCGGGUAGAGCUUAUGGCUCUAGCAAGCGAGUGGCAAGAACAGGGGAAAACAGAUCUGGCAGAAUUGGGUGGCAAUCGAGGGCCAAGAGUUGUGAACGAAGCCCUAGAGACAGCGCACGAACUGACACAAGCAGAAAAACGAUUGGAAAGAAUUAGUAAAACUAGGCUGGAGUUAGUCCAAGAGCAAUUCACACAGCCAUGCCAAGACAAAGGCGACGGAUUAUGGCUACGUGCGGCAGUUCAGAUAUUGGAUGGGAAUGGUAUACCUGUUUCAACAUUCGCAAGUGCAGUAUACGAUGCCCUGCUGCGAGGCCGAGGCAAAUAUAGAAAUAUCUAUGUUCACGGCCCUGCUAACUGCGGCAAAACCUUUCUUAUUUCGCCGUUGAAAUCCAUCUACGAAUGUUUUGUUAAUCCAGCCUCGGGGAGUUUUGCGUGGGUUGGCAUAGAGGAAGCAGAGGUGGUCUUACUUAAUGACCUAAGAUGGAAACCCUCCCUUAUACCAGGUGUGAGUUUUUGCAGGUCUUAGAGGGUGACACCGUGCAAUUUCCUGCCCCCAAAUUUUUUUUGAGGAAGGAUAUUGUGCUAGAAAAGGACACCCCAUUUUUUGCGACUAGUGACGCCCCUCUUGCCUUAGUUAUGGGAGGGAGUGUGGAUAGGGUCAACACUGAAAUGAUGGAUGUUCGUUGGCGUAUGUUCAAAUUACAUCGCCAAAUACCAAGAGAUGAACAAAAACAUAUAAAACAUUGUGGUUCUUGCUUUGCAAAACUUAUCUUAGAUAAUGUAGAGCACUAGCAAACAACAAUUUACUGAACAGGAUGAGAUAAUUGGCUUGAUGACAUACUUGUCUGUCAACAAAUCAUUUAUAGAUCGAUGCUCACUGACGGAUUUCAGCAUAAAAUACAAUGUUUUAUUAGUUUUUUAA